GUCCUUCUCUACAUUAUCGCACAUGAUCUGGAUCAAAUACCUAUUCCACCUCCACGACACUCCUUUUCUUUGCGGCUUCUUUCCCUUUUAUCUUCCUUGUCCAGCCCUCUGAAUCGUCUACAGCCCUGUCCCAGCGCAUAGGGACAAUCGUUGUCCAAGAUGCCGAAAUUCUUCUGUGAUUACUGCGAUGUGUACCUCACACACGACUCGAUGAGCGUGCGCAAGGCCCACAACGCCGGGCGAAACCACCUCCGCAACGUCGUCGACUAUUACCAGCAGAUCGGCCACGAAGAAGCGCAGCACGUCAUUGACAGCAUCACGUCCUCAUACGCCGCCGAAGGCGCGCCUGGCGCAAAUCCUAUGCUCGCCGCUGCUCCUGGCGUUGGAGGCGCUUUUCCUCCACCUCCAUUCGGAUUUCCGCCUGGCGCGCGUGUUCCGCCUCCGCCAUUUGGCAUGCCUGGCGCUCCUCCAGGCGCUGGUAUUCCGCCGAUCCCCUCACCCGCUGCAGCUGCUGCUGCGGCCGCGGCCGCAGCAGCCGGUCGCGGUGCCGGUGGUCCUGGAAUUCCUCCACCGUUUCCCUUCCCUCCACCCGGCGCUCCUGGCGCGGCUGGAUUUCCUCCGAUUCCUCCUAUCCCUGGCACCGGCUCGCCCGCUGCUCUAGCCGGCGGCGCAUCCAUGUCACCAUUUCCUCCACCAGCGCCUGGAGGCAGUGCGCCGCCACCGCCAGGAGCCUUUGCCGCGUUCCCGCCGCCUGGUGCGCCUGCCGCGCCUGGAGCCCCAGGCGGUUUUGCUCCUCCCCCGCUCGGCGCAAGUCCUGGUGCCAUGACCGGAUUCCCUGCUCCACCAGGUGCCGGCGGCCCCUCGCCUGUGCCGGGAGUGCCAGGCUUCGCUGCGCCACCCCCGGGUAUGUCUGCUGGUCCGCCUGCGCCUGGGGCCGGUGCGCCGGGGACAUAGAAGGAGCGAGAUGGUGACUCGGUCACUUUUUCUUUUGCUUCAUUGUUGCAUUUCGAUUGCGUUGUGGCUGAAAUCUUGGCCAUGCCGUCACGUCACAUUUAGAAAUUGGGACCUUCUUGUUCUUCAUCCGUUGUACUCUUUGGGCGUUUAGACAGGAGUAAAACCAAUCCAUGGGUAAUGGGGAUACUUGUAUCGUAUUAGGAAAAACCCUUUAUUUCUUUUUUUCCAUGUUAGAGAAAAUUUUGAAAAAGUUAACAACAUAUUUAAAUUGUCACAAUCGAGUAUAAGAGAACUAGCGUUG